AUGAAGUGGUCUCAAGCAAAGACGAUUGAUACCGACAACCUAGAACAAGAAAAAGAAGAAUCAGACCAACUCCUCAAUGGACCCAAGUGGUCGAAAGCCGAAACGAUGAACAUCAUCAGCAAGCUAGAAAAAGAAGAACAAGAAAAAGAAAAAGAAGACGAAGAAUCAGACCAACUCCUCCUCAACGGCCCCCCAAAACAAAACCAAACUCCCAAAAUCAACAAACUCACCCUCACAAUCUACACCCUCCUCCUCUCCAUCAUACUAACCCAAACCCUCCUCCUCCUCCAUCUCCACACCACCCGCCCCCCCUCAAAAACCAUCUUCGGCCUCCCCACCGCCCGAACCAUCCCCCGCCCCUCCGGCCUCCAAAACAAAUACUGGCCAACCUCCCCCUCAGGAAACCUCACCACCUCCAACCUCGCCUGGGAAAAGAUAAACCCGGGCCACGGCGCGAUCCUCGUCACCCCAUCCUUCAAAACCACCCACCACCUCCCGGAAACAAUCCGCCACCCGUACGUACCCGAAAUGUACGCCUACGCCUUGGAAGCGUACCAUAUGAUACACUGCAUCCGGGUCUUACGGAAAGAUUACCUCCUCCUGUACGAGAAUAAAGUUCCUGCGAAACCGUUGGAGCAUGCGAUGCAUUGUUUUGAUGCGCUGAGGCAGAGUGUUAUGUGUCAGGCGAGUGAUGAGGUGCUUGGGAUUACGGGACGGGGACAUACGGGAGGGGUGAGUCAGAUGAGGUGGUGUAGGGAUUGGGAUGCUUUGAGGGAGAUGGCGACGGGGAGGUCGGCUUGUUAUUGGGAUGAGGAGUUGCCGGCUGAGAAAGAGGGGGAGAGGUGGAGGAUGUGUGAUGGGGGGGUGGAUGGGUUGCCGGUGGGGGGGAUUUUGGAGUGA